GCCCUCCCCCGCCCCGCCCCGCCGCCCAGCGACCUGGCAGAGCGGUCCGGCGCGGAGCGGCGCAGCGACAUGGCGGCGGGGCUCAGGUUUGACGGGCGGGUGGUGCUGGUGACCGGCGCCGGAGGAGGUUUGGGCAGAGCGUAUGCUCUGGCUUUUGCCGAAAGAGGAGCUUCAGUAGUUGUGAAUGAUCUUGGAGGUGAUUUCAAGGGAUAUGGCAAGAGCUCCUCAGCUGCUGACAAAGUUGUCAAUGAAAUCAGAGCAAAAGGAGGCAAAGCAGUACCCAAUUAUGAUUCGGUGGAAGAUGGUGAAAAGCUUGUGAAGACAGCACUUGAGGCUUUUGGGAGGAUAGAUGUCAUUGUAAACAAUGCUGGGAUCCUAAGAGACCGUUCAUUUGUUCGGAUAAGUGAUGAAGAUUGGGAUAUAAUUCAUAGGAUUCAUUUGAGGGGAUCGUUCCUGGUCACCCGAGCUGCAUGGAAUCAUAUGAAAAAUCAGAAAUUUGGCAGAAUAAUUAUGACUUCCUCAGCUGCUGGAAUAUAUGGAAACUUUGGUCAGGCAAACUACAGUGCUGCAAAACUUGGCCUUUUGGGUCUUGCAAACACAAUUGCAAUUGAAGGCCGAAAGUAUAACAUCCACUGCAACACAAUUGCUCCUACUGCUGGAUCCAGACUGACCCAGACUGUCAUGCCACAAGAUCUGGUCGAUGCUUUCAAACCAGAGUAUGUUGCUCCCUUAGUUGUUUGGCUUUGCCACGAGAGCUGUGUGGAGAAUGGCAGUCUGUUUGAGGUGGGAGCUGGAUGGAUUGGAAAAUUGCGCUGGGAACGAUCCUUGGGUGCUAUUGUCAGAGGAAAGAAUCAGCCAAUGACGCCUGAAGCAGUGAGAGAGAAAUGGGAGAAGGUUUGUGACUUUGAUAAUGCCAGCAAACCCAGAAGUAUCCAAGAGUCCAUAAGUGUAUUGAAUGAUGCUCUAAGUCAGAUAGAGUCUCAAGGGAAUGUUUCUAUGAAUUCAACAAGCUCUGGAUCAGUGACCUCUUCAUCUGUUGACAUGGCAAGCAUUGUUGGUCGGGAAUUGGCUACCAAUGUGUACAAAUACACUCACUUAGAGCCUAUUCUCUAUGCCCUUGGUGUGGGAAUGUCAACUAAGGAUCCACAUCACCUAAAAUUUCUCUUUGAAGGAAGUGAAGAUUUCUGCUGUUUGCCUAGCUUUGGAGUAAUUCCUGCUCAAGCUUCAAUGACUGAUGGUAUUCCUUCUCUUCCAGGACUAAAUAUUGAUCUCACAAAGAUGCUGCAUGGCGAGCAAUAUCUGGAACUGUAUAAACCACUGCCAACCUCAGGGCAAUUAACAUCAGUUUCAACCAUUGCUGAUAUUCUUGACAAAGGAUCAGGAGCAGUCUUGCUUAUAGAUGUGAAUACCUAUUGUGGAAAAGACCUAGUGUGUUACAAUCAGUUCUCUUUGUUUUUCAUUGGAGCUGGAAGAUUUGGUGGAAAACGAACAUCAGAAAAGGCCAAGGUAACAGUGAAUCCACCCAAGAGACCCCCUGAUGCUGUAAUUUCUGAUGUCACUACAGUUGAUCAGGCUGCCUUAUACCGGCUGAGUGGGGAUUGGAAUCCUUUACACAUUGAUCCAAGUUUUGCUGCUCUUGGAGGAUUUGAGAGGCCUAUACUUCACGGACUAUGCUCCUUUGGGUUUGCUGCUAAAAACGUCUUGAAGCAGUUUGCAGAUAAUGAUGUGAACAGAUUCAAGGCGAUCAAGGUUCGCUUUGCAAAACCAGUCUUUCCAGGGGAAACUUUACAAACAGAAAUGUGGAAGGAAGGAAAUAGAAUCCAUUUCCAGACCAAGGUCAAAGAGACUGGAGAAGUUGCUAUUGCAGGGGGCUAUGUGGAUAUAGUACCAGCCUUGGAUAAGUCUUCUGCUUCAGAGUCUCCAAAGACUGCAGGGCUGCAGUGUGAGCUUGUGUUUGAAGAAAUUGCUCGUCGUCUAAAAGAGUCUGGAAAUGAGCUGGUAAAGAAAGUAAAUGCCAUAUUCCAGUGGGACAUCACUAAAGAUGGAAAAACAGUAAUACAGUGGACAAUUGACCUAAAGAAUGGCUCUGGAGCAGUGUAUCAAGGACCUGCAAGAAGUUCUGCUGAUACCAUCUUCAUUCUCUCAGACGAGGAUUUCAUGGAUGUGGUACAAAAAAAGAUCAAUCCCCAAAAGGCAUUCUUUUCUGGUAAACUAAAAAUGAAGGGGAACGUCAUGCUGAGCCAGAAAUUGGAAAUGAUCCUGAAAGAUUAUGCCAAACUCUGAACUGCUUGAUGAUCUACCACAGCAGUGAAGAAUUUCAGAAGAUAGAAACUUCAUUUAGUUCAGAACCAAUGACUGAAAUAUUUGCAGGCUACUUAACAUCAAUGUUCUGAUUCAUUAUACUUCUAAUAUGCAAGCUGUUUUAAUUGCUGUAGACAGAAUAUUAUUAAAUGAAUGUAGAGAAUCAUACUUUUCUCAUUGCACACCUUUAAAUAAAAUGUAUGUAGAUCUUAGAGAUGCGUAUAUUUCUAUAUUAAUUCUGAAGAAAAUUAAACCAAUACACCUCUUUGAUAUCUCC